AUGACCUGGCAAGAAACAGUAAAGACCGUCCAAGCACGGCGUGCAUCGCAGAUUCCACCUCAGUGGCGUGUAUCUGCUUCUGAACUGGCCCUCUUGAAUGACUUGAAUACCAUCGAAUGGGUCUGUACCAAGCUGACUCCAAGAGAGCUGACAAUCACAAAUGAGGCCUCCGCUACUGCUCUAGCUCACAAAAUCGCAAACCGUGAAUACACGUCUGUUGAAGUCACAAAGGCUUUCUGCCAUCGAGCCGUACUUGUCCACCAAGCAACCAACUGCUUGACCGAAAUAUUCUGUGAAGAGGCAUACGCGCGAGCUCAAUACUGUGAUGACUAUCUUGCAAAGAACAAUCGUACUCUGGGACCGCUUCAUGGAGUACCUGUUUCAAUCAAGGAGAACAUUGACGUGGCUGGGAAGAUGACGAGUUGA